AUGGGAUCAACAACUCGUCAAACAACUCUCCCCAUGCGGCCCUCAGCGCCCGUCCACGACAACCCAGAAGACUCCGAUCCAACUUCUUCCUCCGGAUCCUCAUCUUCGGAAAGCGACAGCGAAGACUCGGAAGAUGAGAACGAGUCCAUUCACCACGAACAACAAGCCUCCACAGAUACUUCUGCCAAUGCCUCAUCAACAAUACCUAAUAUUUCGGGACGCCCCAAGCCGCAAAUACAGAAGAUGAAAGGGAACUCGGAGCUGCUGGCGCGGUUGUCUGCGUUUUUGCCGAAGAUGAAGAGUGCAAAUGAGGAUUUGGAGAAGGAGAUUGCGGCCGGGAAAGACGUUGUUAUGGAUGAGGUAGAUGAAAAUAAGGAUUAUAUUGAGAUGAAUCUUGGGUUGGGAGUUUUGGAGGAAAAGCGUGAAGGCGAUUCUAGCGGCGACGAGGCCGAUGAUGAGGAUAUGAGUGGGAUGGGCUCUGAUAAGAAGGCCAAGGCCGGUCUUAAUGAUGAUAUUUUGGAAAAAUUGAUGGGCGGGAAAGAUCUAGAUGCUGAUAAGCCUUCAAUUGAGGAGCUUGGUCAGUAG